AUGUCCGGUGCAGCUGCAGCUUCUGCUGCUGGUUAUGAUAGACACAUUACUAUUUUUUCCCCUGAAGGUAGACUAUUUCAAGUUGAAUAUGCUUUUAAAGCAACUAAUCAAACUAAUUUGAAUUCCAUUGCAGUUCGUAGUAAGAAUUGUAGUGUAGUGGUAAACCAAAAGAAAGUUCCCGAUAAGUUACUUGAUCCAUCAACAGUAUCAUACCUUUUCAAAAUUUCAUCACAUGUUGGUAUGUUAGUAAAUGGGCCAAUUCCUGAUGCUCGUAAUGCUGCAAUUAGAGCGAAAUCUGAAGCAGCUGAAUUCCGUUAUAAAUAUGGUUAUGAUAUGCCUUGUGAUGUACUAGCGAAAAGAAUGGCAAAUAUUGCCCAAGUAUAUACGCAGCGUGCUUAUAUGAGACCAUUAGGUGUUGUUCUAACAUUUAUUGCUGUAGAUGAAGAACAAGGCCCAGCUAUUUAUAAGACCGAUCCAGCAGGCUAUUUUGUUGGUUAUAAAGCUACCGCUACAGGUCCAAAACAACAAGAAAUUACUACGUCGUUAGAAAAUGCAUUUAAGAAACGUCCAGGUACACAAGAUGGAUUGAAUGAAGAUUCAUGGGAAAAGACUGUAGAAUUUGCCAUUACACAAUUAAUUGAUUCAUUAGGGACAGAAUUUACUAAUAAAGAUAUCGAAGUUGGUGUAGCUAUUGAAAAUAAAUUUUUCGCUUUAACUACUGAUGAAAUUGAAGAAAGACUUGUUGCCAUUGCAGAACAAGAUUAA